AUGGAGAACUAUCAGAAGAUCGAGAAGAUCGGAGAAGGAACAUAUGGCGUUGUCUACAAAGCGAAAGACCUUUCCAACGGCGGUCGCAUAGUUGCCCUGAAGAAGAUCCGCCUCGAAGCCGAAGAUGAGGGUGUUCCCAGCACUGCUAUCCGAGAGAUCUCACUCCUCAAAGAGAUGAACGACCCCAACAUUGUCCGCCUGCUUAACAUUGUUCACGCCGAUGGACAUAAGUUGUACCUGGUCUGCGAGUUCCUGGACCUCGACUUGAAAAAGUACAUGGAAGCACUGCCAGUGUCGGAUGGCGGCCGAGGCAAAGCGCUCCCUGAUGGGUCUGCUGAGAUGUCACGCUUGGGUCUGGGCAAGGACAUGGUGAAAAAGUUCAUGGCCCAGCUGAUUGAGGGCGUCCGAUACUGCCACAGUCACCGUGUGCUGCACAGAGAUCUAAAGCCUCAGAAUCUGCUCAUCGACCGGGAGGGUAAUCUCAAGCUGGCUGACUUCGGUCUCGCUCGAGCUUUUGGUGUUCCUUUGCGCACAUACACACAUGAGGUAGUUACACUAUGGUAUCGUGCGCCCGAAAUUCUGCUAGGUGGCCGGCAAUAUUCGACAGGCGUGGACAUGUGGUCGGUUGGUGCUAUCUUUGCUGAGAUGUGUACCCGCAAGCCAUUAUUCCCAGGAGACUCUGAGAUUGAGAGAUCUUCAAAAUCUUCAAGUAUGCUCCUUGGUACACCGACCGAACAGACAUGGCCAGGCGUCACAUCAUUUCCGGAUUUCAAGACCUCCUUCCCGAAGUGGCCACGCGAGAACCUUGCCAAUAUCGUCAAGACCCUUGAGCCUGCCGGAAUAGAAUUGAUGGAAGCCAUGCUCGAGUACGACCCUUCGCACCGCAUGUCGGCCAAGGCUGCAUGCAACCACCCAUAUUUCGCGGCCGGCAGCGCUGCAUACUCACAACGUACCACUGCUCCGAGGACGAAUGGUUACCACUGA